AUGAAACCAGAGAAAGACGUUUUGGGAUUGACUCGUAGUAAUAAGAAUCACUAUAAGGCUAAGAGCCCUAAUAAAAAUAAAAUGAAUAGGAAUAAUAAGAAGAAGAGUAUGGUAAUGACAUGGCGACGGAAGAAGGCUGCUGCUCCAGUGGAAGAGAUCACUGCGGUUCGGCGGCUGUUUCUUACAUGUAAGGAAGUGUUCUCUAAUUGUGGCUCUGGAGUUGUUCCGUUCGAAGAUAAAAUCCAACAGCUACGAGGAGUUCUUGACAAUAUGAAACCAGAGGAUGUCGGAUUAACUCCGACCAUGCCGUAUUUCCGACCAAUCGCUGGACCAGAAAAUGAGUCUUCACCACGGAUAAUGUACCUGCCUCUACACGAAUGUGAACAAUUUUCGAUUGCGAUUUUCUGUUUGCCGCCUUCUGGUGUCAUUCCUCUUCAUAACCAUCCAGGGAUGACAGUUUUUAGCAAGCUUCUCUUUGGUACAAUGCACAUCAAGUCGUAUGAUUGGGUGGUUGAUGCUCCAAUGAAAGAUUCAAAAACGCGGCUGGCAAAAUUGAAGAUGGACUCAACGUUAACAGCACCAUGCAACGCCUCGAUCUUGUACCCGGAAGAUGGUGGGAACAUGCAUCGGUUCACAGCGAAAACAGCGUGCGCGGUUCUAGAUGUGCUUGGCCCUCCUUACUGUAAUGGAGAAGGCAGGCACUGCACUUAUUUCUUAGAGUUCCCUUUGGACAAGUCUCAUCAGGAAGACGACGUUUUGAGAGGCCAGGUGGAGAGAGAAGGCCAUGCCUGGCUGCAAGAAAGAGAUGAUAAUCCAGAGGAUCUUAACGUAGUUGGAGCGUUAUACGGAGGUCCAAAGGUUGAGGACUGA